AUUGAUAUUGAUGUAAUUUUGUAUUGAUUUUGCCUCUGAGGUCACAGAUGAUUUCAUUCUUAAAAACUGUGAGAUGGGGCGGAUUCCUGGUAUUCCUGUUUCUAGGUAUUGAAUCGCUGCAGGAUCCAACUGUGCAUUGAUUUAUUUUUGUUUGGUAUCGUCUCGGUAUAUCGGAUAGUCUCUCUUGAUCCAUCGGUACUGUUUCAUUGAUCUGGAAUUUCAAGAUCGUCAACUUUUUGUGCCAAGAAGUGAGAGUAAAUGUCAAGAUAGUAUCCAUUGUGCAAUCAUCAUGGGAUGUGUCGUUCAUUAGAUUAAUCACAUUCGGGUCAAGCAUUUCAAACCAUGCAAAUAUCAGUCCAUGUGUGUCAAAACUACACUAAAAUAUUGACUUUUUGAAAUAAACCAUUUCUAGUUGGAACCAAUUUAAUAUGCAACAUUUUAGUGGUGAAAACUUUGAAUAAUUGAUAAUUUGCUGUUUCAGACGUCAUAGUGUAGUGUUUCCAUGCGUUCACCACAAGCAGUGCUGGCGAUAUGGAAGUAGUCCAUUGGAUAAAUAAGCCCCACACUGAGAUUCAGUGGUUAGAACCGGCCCCACUGGCAUUUAUGUAAUGGCAAAACUCAAUACUGGCUGAUACAUUUGACUUCUUAGAGGACCACAUGCAAGGGAAUUAUUUUAAAGGGCAUUAAUACCAAACUGGAAUAAGGACCGACAGCAUUAUUUAGGAUAUUUUUACCAGGCUGGACUCUGGACGAACAGAGCUAUUAAGAAUAUUUAUUACCAAGCUGGACUACAUUGUAAAGACCAACGGAUGUAAAAUGGUAUUUGAUUAUGCAAGCUGGAAUAAGGACUAACAGAGUCAUUUAAGGGAUUAUUGCUAACCAUCCACCUUCCACUCUACAGUCAGUACUGUCUCAAGUAUCAAGUUUUAUUGAAUUCAGUUCCUCUCAAUUAUAAUGAUAUUUGACGACAUAAGCCCAGUGUCACCCACAAAACCUCUUUUGAGACAUAGAAAGUGGUGGAGAAAGGCCACAGGGCACUGAACUUAAGCGGUUAAUCUGCACCCAAUACUGCACCCAAGUAGUUAUAAUAUUCCUCGGCUUUCCAAUACCCCGUGCAGGCAUGGGCUUAUGAUAUUUUCAUGGCAGAAUAAUUUCUCAUAAAACAUACACAACACUUUAUAGAAACAUAUUUAGGCUGAUGUUCUUGUCCUAUGCGGACAAUACAGUUUUCAAAUUCAUGUCUCAGUGUAAAAUUCAGUGCAUGAAGGAUUGUGAGUAGAUGGAUGGUUCAAUGGAUGGAGUGCCAGUUUAGACCUCAUGACGCACUUGACAUUUACCUUGGAAAGUCUGUGGUGUUUCCUUUGACUUCAACCUCGGGAAAUCCCACCUCAAACCGAGGAAUGCCCUCACGAAAUGUGGUGCUGAUUCUCCAUGCCAACCUUAAAAUAUGUGCAAACAGGUGGGAUUGCUUGAUUUGUGGAGAUCUCUGAUUGAUUCAUGUGUGAAUUGGUCGGAUUGCUUUCAUUUAGAAUAGCGUACAGUCUGCAAUUACUUAAGUUGAGGAUAAUUCUGAUUGCUUGAGUCGAGGAUAGUUCUAGCUGCUUGAAUUGAGGAUACUACUGAUUGCUUGAAUUGAGGAUAGUUAUGUUUGCUCUCUCUUUAUGAUCAGAUUUUGAGUUCGACCAAUGUGGUCAGCCCCUUAUACUCAAUUAUGAAUGGGCUAAAAUUACUAUCUGGAAAAGUGGACUUUUAGGUUCGUAAAUCUUUCAAAUGAGGGAUAAGCUCUAUCGAUAUAUCAUUUAUUAUGUAGGUGCUAAGAACAACCAUGAUCCCACAGAAUUAUGUGGUGCUGUGAAACGAAUAACUUUUCUUUGAUACAUUCAUAAGAGGAUGCCAUCUCUGGAUUUGAACUCUCUAGUUCUGUGAAGGAGAGAACUGAGCUGAAAAUGGGGUUCAUCGCACGCCUAAAGGAAAUAUUCAAAUGGUGCCAUUGUUGCAAAUGCUGCAACCGACAGACAGGUCCGGGUAUAUACUGUCGGACUGUCGUUCCUAAUCACAUGGUUGAAGGUGACACAGAAACAAAAUCUCAUCCUAAUCACAAAUAUUCAACAAACCGGAUAAAGACUACAAAAUAUACCAUUCUGUCAUUUAUUCCGUUAAAUCUCUUAGAACAGUUGCAGCGUAUUGCCAAUAUUUAUUUCAUCUUUAUUGCGGUAAUAAACUUCCUGCCGCUCAUCAAUGCUUUUGCGAAAGAAGUUGCAGUCAUCCCUGUCUUAUUUGUCCUGGGCAUAACAGCGGGAAAAGAUAUAUUUGAGGAUCAUCGGAGAUAUAAAGCAGACAAAAAAGUGAAUAAUUCGUUGAGUAGAAAAUACAGUAGGCCAACGGACAAGUAUGAAACGUGUAAAUGGCAAGACAUCUGUGCAGGCGACAUUGUGCAUUUAUCGUGUGAUGAGGUCAUCCCGGCCGAUAUUCUUCUCCUUCACUCCAGCGACGAAAACGGGCUGUGCUUCAUUGAGACGUCAAAUCUCGAUGGUGAGAGUAAUCUCAAGCAGAGACAGGUUGUGCGAGGAUUUCAUGAGCAGAGUAGUUUUCAUCCUAUGGACUUCAAGUGUGACGUAGAAUGUGAUAUUCCAAAUACAGAACUUUAUAGAUUCAACGGUUCAUUAAUACACCCUGAUGGGUCCAAAACAGGCAUCAGUAAAGAUAACGUCUUACUGAGAGGCUGUACACUCCGGAAUACUGAUUAUGUGGAGGGCAUUGUAGUCUAUGCAGGUCAUGAAACUAAAGCCCUUCUAAACAAUGGAGGUCCACGACACAAACGCAGCAAACUUGAAAGACAGAUCAACAAAGAUGUCAUCUGGUGUGUUGUGCUCCUUGCCAUCAUGUGCUUUGCCGGUGGAAUUGGCCACGGGCUGUGGUUUGGCAGCUACUCCAACCCACAAGAUGUCAGUUUUCUCUCCUUGUACACCGAAGACCAGUUGAAUGCUGGCUAUCAGGGGUUCCUCGUCUUUUGGACACAUCUCAUCGUCUUACAAGUCAUGAUUCCUCUUCCAAUGUAUGUCACAAUAGAAAUAGUCAAACUUGGUCAAACAUUUCUCAUCAACCAAGAUAUUGAGCUCUUUCACGAACCGACCAACAAACGUGUUGAAUGUCGUGCUCUCAACAUCACCGAAGAUCUUGGCCAAAUCCAGUACAUAUUUUCUGACAAAACCGGGACACUGACAGAGAAUCGAAUGGUGUUUCGAUGCUGCAGUAUAGGUGGGAAAGAUUAUUCUCACUUUACUGCAAAUGAUGAGCUGCUUGAAGAACAAUGCAUAAAUGACUUGGGGAGCCGGAUGCAAAAUCUAGAUCCUGAAGGCAAAGAUAAGGCUGAGGAGGAGCACGUUGAAGAUGAAGAUGAGUUCAUCAUAGAUGGGGAACUCCAGCAAGAAGUGACCAACAUGAGCAUCUGCACCAUCGACAGCACGACGCGCAACUUAGAUACAAGCAGAAUCCAAGAUUUCUUCCUAUCAAUGGCCGUCUGUAAUACAGUGGUUGUGUCAUCGCAGCCCCACAGAGACAAGUCUGCUGCUGCAAAGUCAAAUGGACGAAACAGGAAUGAAAUAAUACCAAAUGGUAAUAUACAAGAAGACAAAAAGGAUAUCGAUGAAAAAGGUGAUCACAUAUCAUCUGAGAUGGAUGAGGCUGGUUUUAUAGGCUACGGCCCUAAUAGUGUAUCCGAAGAUGAGGAUGAUGAUAUGGAAGAGAUCCAUAUAUGUUAUGAGGCAGAGAGUCCAGAUGAGCUAGCAUUAGUGAAAGCGGCAUAUCGAUACGGAUGUCGGUUAAUACGGCGGACACAAGAUACGGUGCAAAUAUGGCUGCCAGCUGAAGGAUACGUGACGUUCCGAGUCCUCCACAUCCUAACGUUUGACACAACCAGGAAGCGCAUGUCUGUGAUAAUACAAUACCCAAACACAAACCAAAUUGUCUUACUAUGCAAAGGUGCUGACAGUUCUAUUCUGAAUAAUCUGGAAAGUAGAGAGGACGAUUUCGAGUGGGAACAAAUGGUCCAGUCAACAAAAGACCAUAUUAACCACUAUGCCAAAAAUGGACUUAGAACAUUAUGUAUGGCCAAAAAGAACUUAUCACGGGCCGAAUAUGAGAAGUGGUAUAAUUUGAUGCAUGAAGCUGAGUGUGCAAUAGAAAACAAAGACGACCUGAUGACUAAAGCUUAUAAUGAAAUAGAAAAUGAUCUCACACUAAUUGGUGCCACAGGAAUUGAAGACAACCUUCAAGAAGGUGUCCCAGAGACUAUUGACGCACUUCGUAAGGCAGGGAUAAACGUAUGGGUCUUGACUGGGGAUAAGCAAGAAACUGCCCUGAAUAUUGCAUAUUCCUGCAAACUAAUGGCUGCUCAUCAAUCCGUCAUAAUUCUGAAUGCAACGGGAAAAGAACAGACAGAAAAACUGAUCCGGGAUAACUUGCGGAUUGUCACACGCACACAUCAGCCAGGACCGAACAUUGAAAUCAGACAAAGGCAUCGGCGGCCUGCGAUUAAGCGAGACUAUGCACUUGUUAUUGAUGGCGUCACUUUAUCGUUUGCCUUGGAGAAGUCUAUAGAGAAGGAGUUUCUUAGUCUGGCGGAGCAGUGCACAUCUGUGUUAUGUUGCCGGGCAACACCUCUUCAAAAGGCUUCUGUGGUAGAACUGGUGAAGGUGAAUUUGCACAUGACCACACUAGCAAUCGGUGAUGGUGCGAAUGAUGUAAACAUGAUACAAAAAGCUGAUAUUGGAGUCGGUAUCUCAGGUCAAGAGGGUAUGCAAGCCGUCAUGGCAUCCGACUUUGCCAUUGCCCGAUUUCACCACCUGGAACGUCUGUUGUUGGUCCAUGGGCAUUGGUGUUAUGAUCGACUUGCCAGGAUGUGUCUGUAUAUGUUUUAUAAGAGUUCUGCAUUUGUGUUUGUUCUAUUCUGGUAUAAUCUGUACUGUGGAUUCUCGUCCUCGCUGGCGGUGGAUCAGUUCUACACGAUCUUUCACAAUCUCGUAUUCACCAGCUUACCUCCGGUCAUCUUUGGUCUCUUCGAAAAGGACUGCGACGACAAGGUUCUCCUGGCAAAGCCUCAUUUGUAUAGGGCUGGACAGAACUGUAAGAGUUAUCUUCCAUGGUCCUUCUGGGUGAACAUUAUCGAUGCACUUUGGCAGAGCUUGACCAUGUUUUAUGUCUGCUACUUGAUGUAUUCUAACACAAGCGUCGGAAUGGCAGAGUUUGGCACCACCAUGAUCACAGGAUGUUUCUUCUUGAACAUUGCGGUACUGGGAAUAGAGUCAAAGUCAGUGAUAUGGAUUAACUGGUUCGUGUGGAUCGCGAGUGCCACAGUAAUGUGGGGAUUCAUGGCGAUAUUCUGUAUGUUUGCCCUCGGAUCUAUCGACAUGCCCCUGAAUAUAUACGGUGUCUUCUUCGUGUGUUGGACAACACCACUGUACUGGCUUGGGCUAAUGCUGAUAUCAAUAAUUGGCAUAUUACCAAGGUUUCUCAUCAAGAUUUCUAUGGAGAUGUAUUACCCCUCACAGUUGGCUGUUCGAUCUGCCAAAAGUACAAUCAGUCCUUCUGACAUCAACGCUUCCCGGCAGCAAGAACAAGUGGAGAACUUCGGAAGUUUCUACAGUCGCUCUGCGAGUGCAGCAUCGCUCAGGCGACUGACUGGUGGCAGUAUGGCCAGCUUGGCCAGCCAAGGUGGCUACAUGUCUGAUUAUGGCCACAGCAGGGCUAGCCUUCGUAGCAAACGUAGGAAAAGUAGUGCUCAUCGGUUACCUAUGACAACCCAUGUUACUACGCAUAGUGUCAGCCGUAGCAUGCCCUAUUUGAAUGCAGAUUCGAGGCCCACGUCGCCGAGGUCAAGACCACCAUCGGGUAAAAAUACUGGCAUCGCCAGUGCAAGUUCUCAUUCCACGCCAAGUCGGCGCCACAGGCGGCAGAAGAGUCAACCCUUGACGUCUGUUGAAAUGCAUCAUAUGGUGUCAAUGAAACACUCUGUUGAUAUUUCUGCUUGUAGUGGAGUGAACAUCAAAAUGGCUUCUUGGACGACUCUCAUUUUGUGGUGUAUCUUCGCAUUCCAGCUAUCUUAUGCAUUCGAGUUUGACAUAGCUGACGAGGAGAAAGAUCUUCACACCAUUCUUCACAUUCUUUCCAAACCAAGAAUCCCAGAGCGAUAUCAAACACUGAAGUUCGUCCCACACAAGUUUGCCAAAGCCUCUGAACCAGGAGUCGUUGCGCUGUCCUGGAGAAACUGUGGUGCGGCCACCGACCCCCUUCAGCUGAAGAACCUGACCAUCAGUCCAGACCCAGUCAAGUUGCCUGGCAAGAUCACCGUAUCUGCUGGCCUGACAUUGAAAUCAGAUGCAAAGUCACCUAUCAAGGUUUCCCUUACCCUGAAGAAGAAGGUGUUUGGAGUUUGGAUUGAGAUUCCCUGUAUUGAUAAUGUUGGCUCAUGUGUUUAUGAAGACGUCUGUGAUAUGCUUCCAAAAACUCCAUGCCCAGAUCCACUGGUAAAAUAUGGGAUUCCAUGCCACUGUCCCUUUAAAAGUGGUAGCUACUAUCUUCCAAGUUAUACAUUCGAUGUUUCUGGGAACAUCCCAAAAUUCCUAGAAAGUGGUGACUACCAGGUUCAAGCUAACCUCGGUGGGAUUGGAUGUAUCUAUGCUACGGUCUCUCUUGCUUAAGUCGAAAAAAUUAUAAAAAGGACAUAGGAAUGAUGAAAUUCAAGCUCACGUCUCAGGAUAGGCUUUUUAUGAAAUUUAAGUCACAUUUUGAAAGACAAUCCUUUCUUGUAAGGUUUUUAGUGAGACACCCUUGUGUCAGAUAAUAGUACUGUUGACUCCUAGUCUUGCAUUGCACAGUCAAUAUUUUACAUAUAUACAUGUAUUUGUACUUUAUUGGUCUUUCACUAUUUUGUGGCUUCUUGCUGAUUUUCACAGAUUUUACAGCAGCCCUUGUAAAAGUUUUCAAAUUCAGUUUACUCUAGGACCAAUGAGCACGAAGUCUACUUUUGGUUAGUUUUAAAACCCAAUGGGACCAAGUUUUAUUGUAACGUUAUGUUAGAGAAUAUUUACAUAUGUCCCUGAGGUGGAUCUGUUGUAACACGUCAUCUCAUGCAAGUUAUUCCUAAUUAACUGCCUAGUUCUUAAAUUCUAUAUCUGAUCAAAUACUUAGGGGAGAUUGCAAGAAUGCAGGACUAGGCCUAUCAAGGCAAGACCUACUUAACUUACCAUUUGUCUUUACUUUAGGUGUUACCUAUCCUUCUCACACCCGACGAAUUGCUUAGCUUAUGACCUGGACCUAUGCUUGGAUAAAAUGCAUUAUUGAAUUUGCCAUGUUUUAACCUCUUGUAUAGUGAGUGACACAGUGAUAUUUUGGACAAUAAAAUCAUUCCUCUGGACGAUCAUUUUAGUUAUGUAGAUUUAAAUUCUAUUUCUUUAUCUUUAGAUAGCAUUUCAUGUAAUUUAUACUAAUUCAGGUUAUCUAUGUGUAUUUUAAGGGUAAAAAGCAAUAAUUUUCUUAUUGUCUUUGCAAGAUUACUGUCUUCCUGUCGUAUAAUUUUGAAUGAAAUAAUAUAGAUUAUCAUACAUGAA